AAGGUUUAUGCAGUUCCCCUGUUCCUUCAGAUAUUUGCUUCAAAAGAGUCAAAGGAGUGGUCAGAGCAGGGCUCUCCAGGAGGCUCCACAGUGCAGCUCCGCAAAAUCAGCCCCGUGCAGCACUUCCACAGGCCGGACAGUGGCACCAACAUCUAUAAGAAACCACCAAUUUACAAACAUGACGGACAGAUGGGAACGUCUCAUAAUAAACAUGAUGUGAUCAUUGAGUCCUCCAAGUUCCCAGCAGCCCAGCCGCCUGAUCCCAACCAACCUUCGAAGAUAGAGACAGAGUACUGGCCCUGUCCACCCUCUCUAGCCACUAUGGAGAUUGAGUGGAAGAAGAAGGCAGCCGAGCAGGGAAAGCCAACCGAGGACGAUGAGUUUGAGGACCUGACAGAAGAUGCAAAGAGACUCCAAGAACAGGAACUUCAGAAGAUACAGUCCAACUUGGGCAAAUUGAUCCUGAAGGAGGAAAUUGAGAAAUCAGUGCUCAUCCGCAGAAAAACACGUUCCCUGCCAGAUGGGACAAACAUACAUUUGGGAUCAUCAGCCAGUGCUACUAAAUCAGCCUCUUUACCUCCCUGCAGUCGAACAGGCCUCACCAGGCUGCGGUCUGCAGACUUCACCUCCACAGACAAUGGAAAAGCAAAAACAGGUGUACAGAAUGGCGAUUCACAGAGUGGGAGAAUGGACAGAGGAAGCUCUCUUCCUAGUAUUCUGGAACAGAAGAUAUAUCCAUAUGAAAUGCUGAUUGUAACCCACAGAGGGCGCAGUAAGCUUCCUCCAGGUGUUGACAGGACCAGAUUAGAGCGGCAUCUGUCUCCAGAGGAAUUCCAGAGCUUAUUCGGAAUGUCCAUCACAGAAUUUGAUCGUCUGUCACUAUGGAAACGGAACGACCUGAAGAAGAAAGUGUCCCUUUUCUAACAUUUGGACAUUUGGACUUGGACACUGAACCCCUCGCCCUCCAGAGACGCCAGUAAUAUCCACUCUAAUCUAAUACGGAUGCUAUGCAGACAUUUGAAGAUAAGCAAGGAAGAUGACACCACAUCACCAGAUGUUAUUUCACUCACAUAUACAGCAGUCUCUGUACGUCUCUGGUGUAUAUAAUAAAGACAGAAUGAAGACUCGCGCAUCCCUACAGUCGCUCCAUAUCUCAAAAAUCUGAUUAUUAGUGAUGGAAUAUCAAUUUCAUAAACUGCUCCAGCCGUUUCUUUACGCCUUACAUCGAUUUCAAAUUCUUAAAAUUGCCCAGAGAUGUUUAUAAUAAUA